GUCUAGUGCUAGAUAGAGUAGUAGUAUUAAAUGUACUAGCAGGAAGCUCGCUCGCGCAAGGCUCCUCCUUCCUUGAGCUCAAGGUCGCUCCAAGGCCCCUCGCACUCGCCGCACGCAUCCUUCCCCCACGUCCCCCACCGCGUCGAGGCGGAUCCAGUCGAUGGAGCAGCAGCCUGCGGCGGCGGAGCCGGAGGUGCCGGCGGGGCUUGGGCUGACGGCGGCGGAGUACGCGGAGCUGCAGCCCACGGUGGAGGCGUACCACCGCUACGCCGUGGGGCCUGGCCAAUGUUCCUCGCUCGUCGCGCAGCGCAUCGAGGCGCCGGCGGCCGCCGUCUGGGCCAUCGUCCGCCGCUUCGACUGCCCCCAGGUGUACAAGCACUUCAUCCGCAGCUGCGCGCUCCGCCCGGACCCCGACGCGGGGGACGAGCUCCGCCCGGGCCGCCUCCGCGAGGUCAGCGUCAUCUCGGGCCUCCCCGCCAGCACCAGCACCGAGCGGCUCGACCUCCUCGACGACGCGCGCAGGGCCUUCGGCUUCACCAUCACCGGCGGCGAACACCGCCUCGCCAACUACCGCUCCGUCACCACCGUCUCCGAGCUCGCCCCGGCCGCGCCCGCCGAGAUCUGCACCGUCGUCCUCGAGUCCUACGUCGUCGACGUCCCCGAGGGCAACAGCGAGGAGGACACGCGCCUCUUCGCUGACACCGUCGUCAGGCUCAACCUCCAGAAGCUCAAGUCCCUCGCCGAGGCCAACGCCACCAACGCCGCCAACGCCGCACCGCCGGCGGAAUAGCACCGGAUGCUUUAAUUUUUCUUCUUCGGGAGGGGGUCGCUUCGAAUUUGACGCAUGCAGGAGCUCCAAAUAGGUGUGAUUCCUGAGGUGCUGCCUGUAAUAAAACUCUCUUUCCAUGGAUUCCUCCAUCCCUUUUCUUUUCCUUGGAAUUUCUUUCACCUUUCUGUUGUGAUUGCAAUUGGAAUUCAACUUUGCAUGUGGUUCA